AUGGCUACCGGAUCCCCCAUGAUGUCCCAAUCUCACUCCCGCUCUCCGUCCUCAGCCUCCCCCACAAAGUUGUGCUCCAAGACAUACAAGAAAGCAUCCCAGCUUUACCUUACACGACGUCUACCAGAAGCUCUCGCAUACAUCCAACCGAUUAUCACGCCCUCCGUAUCACAAGAUGACCAGCACACAAAUGACCAAAAAUCAACGCCGGUUGCGCCGAUCGCCACGGCCGCUGGCACGUGGAGGAUCAAGGUGUGGAACCUUUACAUCACGCUCCUCAGCGCAAUAGUCGAUCUUGGCGCAGAGGAGGGAAAGAAUCAAUUCGGCCAGAAGGAAUGGAAAUCAAUUGCUUCGCAAGUCAGAGAAGGUGGAAUUUGGGAGACUGUUGUCGAGGUCGGGUACCAAGGCCACGAGGGUUCGGUGGAUGCCGAAGUCGUCUACAACCUUGCUACUCUCCUUUUGACCCACUCCUCUUCGCAAUCCCUGAACCAACAGCGCCUCGAGACCUAUCUCUCCUCUUACGGACAGCCCAAUCUCGACCUCACAGAUCGUCUCCAGGAUGCAUCCGAUGAAUAUCAGCACCGGCCCAUGCGCGCGACAAAUGGAGCGGACACCCCGAAGGAUCUCACUGCUCGAGUAAAGAUCAUCGAGCUCUUUACCCUGCACGUCCUUCCCCGCAAUGACGAGUGGGAGUACUCGACCGAGUUCAUCAACUUGAGCGAGGUCCUCGAUGAAGAACGCAAGGAUCUCUUCCUACAGACUCUGGAGGGGUUGAGAGAAGAGAAGGAGCGAGGCGAAAUGCGCGCAGUCGAGUUACAGCGCGCAAAGGACGCAGAGAUCGAACGGCAAUUAGAAGAAGAACGUCGCGAAGCCGAAGAAGCAGCGGCCGCUGCACAAAAACAAACCAAUGGCCAUAAACGCAAUACCAGCGAAGUUGACUACGGGAUUGAGAAGACGCGCCCACAGGGCUCUCCCAAGGGGAAAGGGGCCAGAUCGACAGAUAAGUUGCCAAACGGCAAAUCACGAACAUCCAUCCCGUCAUCUGGCCCCAAAAACAUCAAAAAGCAGGACAAGGCUGAGCCACGGGGCCGUCAAACUCGGGCCGUGGCCACGGCCCUGCGCAAUCUGUUCCGUCAUAUUAUCCAGACCGUGUCCGGGAAUCCCAUGUCAAUAGUCCGCACCCUGCUCUUUGUGACCGGCAUCCUCAUGGCGAUGAGCCGGCAGGAUGUGCGUGAUCGGGUUCGACGGGUUACGGACGGCGCUUGGCAGAAGAUCAAAGCUACCGCCGGAAUGGGAGUCAAGGUGAGCUAUAUUUGA